GCCGCACGCCAAGGUUCCGGCCCGCUGCGCCGCCCUGCCGGUGCGGUGACCCCACGCGGCGGGGGCUGCGGGCCCGGAGGACGCUGGGCCGUGCCGUGCUGCGCCGGGGGGGCUGGGGCUCCGGCUUAGGCUCAGGUGUGUGCCCCCAGCCCAGGCAGGGCUGAGUGGAGGGCGCGCCGCCGGGAUGAGCUUCCUGCUGCCCAAACUGACCUGCAAGCGGGAAGUGGAUCAGGCAAUAAAAAGUGUGGCCGAGAAGGUUUUGGUUCUCCGGUUUGGAAGAGAUAACGAUGCUGUUUGUCUGCAGCUCGAUGAUAUUCUUGCCAAGACAGCUCACGACCUGAGUAAAAUGGCAGUCAUUUACCUGGUGGAUGUGAACAAAGUUCCAGUGUACACCCAGUAUUUUGACAUCAGUUAUAUUCCAUCUACUGUAUUUUUCUUCAAUGGACAACACAUGAAGGUUGAUUAUGGGUCUCCAGAUCAUACCAAAUUUGUAGGAAGCUUCAAAACAAAGCAAGACUUCAUAGAUCUGAUUGAAGUGAUUUACCGUGGAGCAAUGCGUGGAAAGCUCAUUGUGAGAAGCCCUAUUGAUCCCAAUAAUGUUCCGAAAUAUGACCUUCUCUACCAAGGAAUUUAAUGGGUUGACUUGAGAUAAAGAGUUACAGAAACGGCCCAUGUUCUAGAUCUGUUUUUUCUUCAAGAAUUUUUAGCCGAUUCUGACACCAUGGGACAAUUUGAGCGUUUGUGUUGAGGGAUCAUAUUGGUCUCCUUCUGAAGACAGACAUGCUGUCACCUCAUACUUCUCUCAUAAAUAAAGCUACAUGUUCAUGCAUAGAA